GUUGGAAAGUAGGACAAGAAACUCCCGCAAGAGUUCAGAGUUCACAGCACACUGAUUGUCAAUUUGAAAACACACCAUGAACGUGUGCAAAACUGCGUUCACGAGACUGACUGCUGUGCUCUUGCAUGUCAAAAGCACACCUCUUCGGUACUGCCACUCUUCUCAGCUUCUUACACGACACAAAGACAUGAGGGUCAAACUUCUGCCAGCGUUGGAGGAUAACUACAUGUACCUCCUGAUUGACGAGGACACGAAACAAUGUGCUGUGGUGGACCCAGUGGAGCCAGCGAAGGUGCAGGCUGCUUUGAAAGAGGAAAACGUGCAACUGACAACUGUAUUGACAACCCAUCAUCACUGGGAUCACGCAGGGGGCAAUGAAAAACUCAUCGAAGCAGUUGGGUCUAAAGUAGUCGUUGGAGGAGAUGAAAGGAUUGGAGCUCUCACUCGUAAGGUUUCCCAUGGAGAUGAGCUGAAGAUUGGGAGCUUGAAUGUGAAGUGUCUGUACACCCCGUGUCACACAUCAGGCCACAUCUGUUAUUUUGUCACUGGCCCUUCAGGAUCUCAGCCUGCUGUUUUUACAGGAGACACCCUCUUUGUCGCUGGAUGUGGCAAGUUUUUCGAGGGCACCCCAGGACAGAUGUACACAGCCCUUGUAGAGAUUCUUGCAACUUUGCCUCCUGAGACGAAAGUCUACUGUGGGCAUGAGUACACAGUAAGCAACUUCAAGUUUGCUGCCACUGUUGAACCAAACAAUUCAGAAUUGACCGCAAGAAUGGACCUCGCUCAGAAACAAAGAAAUAACAAAGAGCCUACCAUUCCAUCCACAAUCGGAGAUGAGCUCUCUUUCAAUCCAUUCAUGAGAGUCAGGGAAGCUUCCGUGCAGCAGCACACAGGCCAGUCAGACCCUGUCAAGGUUAUGGGGGCUUUGAGAUCAGCCAAAGACAACUUCAAGGCAAGAUAAAGUGGCAGGAUGUUUGAGACAGAUGUUGAAGCCAAGUUGGAAAAAGUUUUGUACCAUAAAUUCUUCGCAUUGUUGUCCUAUUGCUCAAUUCAAUUUAGAAGAAUUGGGGGGCACUAUUAAUGCUGUGAUGAGAGUCAUAACUUUUGUUAGUUUGAGGAGUUGAAAGGUCUGUUGUAUUUUUCCUUCAAGUGUUAUCAUUUUUUACCUGUCCCUGUCGUUUUAUGCAAGAAAAAUUCUGAAAUUAAGCAAAAUGAGCCAAAAAAUGAGAAAUUAUGCGAUUCUGUUAAUUUUAACGGAGAAUGACAAAGAAAAAUUAUCAGAAAUAAUGCAAAAAAUGAUCAAAUUUUGCUAACUUAUGCGGGGUGCAUAAAACUAAGGGGACAGGUUUACGGUAUCUGGUCUGUGUUAUUUUUACUAUUCUUGAGGAUGUCAUUUGAUUGUUUUAAUGCUUUUUUUACAUCCUGACAAAGAUAUUUUUUGUUCUCUGCAUCUCCGUUGGGCUACUUGCUUAACCUGAAUAAAAGAGGAACUAACUAA